AUGGAAAAAAAUCACAACAUUCUGAAAUAUGGCAAUUUCUUUAAUGUGAGUAAAGAAUUAAAGUCUUAUAUGCUGAAAGCAAUGAAGGAAUAUCAGUGCUAUUUUGAGAAGGCAUUAAUUAAAAAUUGUAACUUAGAGGACAAUAUAAAAUUAGUUAAAGAUUUAAUAAUUGACGAGGAAACUUGUUACAAUGAAGAUAUUUUUCUAAAAAUACAAAAGACCUUCCAUAUUUAUGAUUUCUUCAACUUAUCUUUAUUAUUCCCAAUGAAAAUAAUUAAUAAAAAUGGAAAAACAUUAGUACAGUUAAUAUCAGAAGAUACUAACCAAAAUGAUUUAGAGUUGAUACAGGCUGUUCUUACGAAUAUAGAACAAAACAAAAUGGACAAAUUAAAUUUUUUUUAUAUAGAGAAUAUAAUUUUUGAACUAUUAGAUGAAAUAAUUAGACAAAUAACAGUUGAAUGUCCAAAGCGUGGUUUUGCCUUAACACUGAUAAAUAACGAAAUUCAAAAAAAUAUUAAUUAUUAUAAAAAUUUGAUAGAAAUUAUUGAACAUAAUAAUGACAUGAAUAACGAAAAAUUCAAAGAAGUGCAAUCCAAACGCAACUUACUUCUAGGGCAACUGGCUGCGGAAGAGGAUAAAUUAAAAGAAAAAUUAACCGAUGUGCAAAAUGAGCUUGAGUUAUUAAAGAACGAAAAUAAAAAGAAAAUGCAAGAAAAUAAAAAUAAAAAAGAGAUACAGUACGAUUUGUUAAAGCACAAUGAAUCAUUAUUAGAAAAAAUUAAAGAAAUUUACGAUAAGCAAGGGGAAAUUUAA